AUUUUUGCUUCUCAUUACUUCCUCUCCCAAACCCUCCCCCUCUCUUCUUUCCUUCUUUUUGCUUUCUCUCUUUUUCUUUCUCUCCUCUAUGCUCAGCUCAACCACACACACUCACUCUCUAACUGUUUGAUGUGAUUCUCUCCACUAUUACCUCCCAAAAAAAUUAAACCAUCAACCUUUACAAAAGAGAAAGCUCCAAGAGGAACCAUGGUUUAUACUUCCAUCCCAGCAUAUAUUGAUCCAGCCAACUGGCAGCAACAGCAACCAAAUCACCAGCAGCCAGGCAACAACACUACUGCCAGUUCCCACCUUAUUCUUCCACCACCAAUACAACCACCUCCACCUCCGCCAUCGCAGCCUCAUGGACUCGGCGGUAAUAGUACUACCGCCGGGUCCAUCAGGCCAGGUUCGAUGGCGGAUAGGGCUAGGAUGGCCAACAUACCCAUGCAAGAAGCUCCACAAAAGUGUCCAAGAUGUGAAUCCACCAACACAAAGUUUUGCUACUUCAACAACUACAGCCUCUCUCAGCCCCGCCACUUCUGCAAGGCCUGUAGAAGGUACUGGACACGCGGUGGCGCCUUGAGGAACGUCCCCGUCGGCGGUGGCUGCCGGAGGAACAAGAGAAGCAGAGGCACCUCCGGCAGCAACACCAGGUCGCCGGCAAACUCCGAUCGCCAAACUGCGAGCGCCGGUUCGGCAUCCACAACUAGUGGCUCCUCUUCCGCAGACAUGGUGGCCGGCCUCGGCGGCACCGGAGUGCCGUCGUCUCUUAGAUUCAUGGCUCCAUUGCAUCAACUCAGUGAUCACCACCUUGGGGGUGGUGGGGGUGGAGAAAUAGGGCUAAACUAUGGCUUGAACUAUGGCGCAAUUUCGGGUCCAGUGGGAGGAAUAGGAGACUUGAAUUUCCACAUAGGAAGUGCUUUGAGUGGAGGUGGAUCCAUGUUGUCAGGUUUGGACCAAUGGAGGGUGCCACAAACUCACCAGUUUCCCUUCUUGUCUGGUUUGGAAGCUUCUUCAUCACAUGGAUUGUACCCUUUUGAAGGUGGUAGUGGCAGUGAUGGCUAUGGUGGCACUCCCAUUAAGGUUUCAACUUCUGGGGUUAUGUCUCAACUUGCUUCUGUGAAAAUGGAAGAGAAUCAUCAUCAUCAUGAGCUUGGUUUGCCUAGACAGUUCUUGGGAUCAGUCAAUAAUAAUCCUAAUGCAAAUGAGCAAUAUUGGAGUGGUGGUGGUGGUGCCACUUCUGCUUGGACCGAUCUUUCUGCUUUUAGCUCUUCUUCCACUACUAGUAACGCACUAUAGAAUUUUCUGCUCUCUUGUGAAGUUUCUGGCUUUUGGUUCUUCUGUUUCCUUUCACAAAGUUUCAACCUACUCGGUUAUAAUUAGCCCCAGUGAAAGGCUUCGAGGAUGGUUAAGUACUUUGCUUUCUUUAUGAUUAAAUGAAAACCCUAGAGAUGUUAGUUCUUCUAUUUUUCCCCACUUUUAAUCUUUAUAUGGUGUUGUUUCGUCUUCUUUCUCUUUCCUUUUAUUAGGUUUAGGUUGCUUUGUAUGGGAAGGUUUACUAUAGUGAAAUUAUGAGUUCAAAAGAAUGGAUAUUGCAGUAGCUGAUCAAUUA